AUGUUGUGGGAGUGGAAAGAGGUGGCAAUUGGAUGGGAGAGGUAUAGAGUUGAGGGAAGACGGGCGACCUCUGCCCACGCAGAGGCUCCGCGUGCUAGCCACCUUCACGGCCGAUGUGGUUGUGGCCGUGUUGGUUUCGGCGGUUGGUCUGUGUACUGCAACUGGCUUGUUGCAGGAGCAGUGGCCGACUGUGACGUAUUCAAUGCGGCUGCUAAGCUGCAUCGGCACGGUUGCCGUGGUAUGUGGCUGGGUGGGGCGGGCUUCAUUCACCUUGCUCCCGGCACCUCCUGUUUUGUACGGAGACGGGAUCAGUUGGAGGUAAUUGGGGUAAGUGGUGUUGCUGUACGUCUCUCAGUGUUAGGUGCGCCUCAGAAGUGUGGUAUCGCCCAUUGGGAUGGUGAUAAGCGUGUUAGCGACGAGAGCUUUGUAUUUGUUGAGAGGACUGAGUUUCUCAGUAGAUGUUCAGUUGGAUGUAAGGAGUGGAGUGCGUCAGUUGUUGUCGCCCUCGAUGCUGUUGUUGUGAUGGCUAGUCGGAGGACGGAUUCCGUGUCGGAUGUGGUGGAUGUGUAUGUGCCCUUUCUUAUUGACGGUGGCGGUGGGCAUGCUAUGACAGCUACAGCUUUAGUAAAUGAUUGCUAA